UAGGUAUCUACUGCGAACAACUACAUGCUGUGAAGCGCGUGGUCACGUGGAUCAACACCAAUCUCGUUGACAGCCCCGGCGACGCGUCGUUUCUUCGGCUUCCAUACCUAAGUAUUGCUAGAGUCGAAGACGGACCUGUGGCCAGCCGAUAUAUCUGCGAUUUCCCCUUGACUGGAAGAAUUUUCAAUAUCAUCGGAUCAUCCGUAGAAUCGAUGAAAAGUGUUGCGAUUCGUGCGAGCGACCGGGGCGAUUCAGCCCCCAGAUGUCUCUGGUCGAUGACAAUGACCCUCUCCAAUCUGAUCGCUUUCUACUUGGACCUGUAAACUCUUCAGGGUCCUAGAUACAUGCUCUAAAAGGACGUGCAGGCUUCAGGUCACGAUGUCAGGCCGACGACAACGAAUCACCGGCCAAACUUAUGCAGAGAGGCUGCUGGCGCCGCCGGUCAGUUUCUCGAACGGACCCUCAUGGGUUCAUGAGUCUCCUUAUAUGUACAAGGAUUUUGAAGAAAAGACUCCAGUCGGCGUGUCGCGACUGAAGGAACUGGCUAUGAAGCGAGUAUUAUCUGAUCAGCGCAGUCUCACGCCGGAACUGUUUACGAAUGUGCCGUGGGAUAUUGCCCAUGAGAUGUGGCUAUGUUUGGGAAAAAGCGGAAAGCAGACCAUGUAUAUGUGGAAAUUGUUCGCGACGGCCUAUCGGAACGAAUUCAGAAAUAUUUCACAGUAUCGAUCAAUGAAGAUAGGCUUUCCUAUGAUGCCAGUACAAGACUACCUUGGACUGGUGAAUGACGACGGUCUGAACUGGGGUGUUUCCUUGUUCCUUUCUACGAUAUAUGCUCGUACACCGGACCUCGUGGGAAUAUCCCGUAUCAAGAACCUGGUUGCUCUGGAUGUAUCCACCCCGUUGCAUCCUUCGUUCGAUACUCUUGAAGAAUCACUCACGGCUGUGGCUCUCAAUGAUAGGAUUAUCAGAACUUGGUGUGAGCUCGCGCGGAACUCUUGCGCUUUCAGACACCUGAGAGUUCUCAGACUCACCCACCAAGAUGAUAUAUCCGAAACUCUCUUUGAAUAUCUCGCAGCUCUCCCUUGUUUGCGGAUGCUUAUUGUUCGAGACUGCAAAAGCCUUGGAACCGCGUCUUCCAGAGCAUUUGCGGGGCGGUAUGGUUGGGAAGUCGGAUCGAAGCCUCCAGUCCAACUCAACGAUCAGCAAGAAACGGAGGACUCGGACAGCAUAUACCAAUUCUACAAGGAGACAUUUGCUCUAACUGACCAUGAUGCAAAUGAUGUAGCGCCUAUCUUGGCGGUCGACACGCCCAUUCUCGAUUUCGAAAUCGGGAUCAAACGAAAGUUCAAUAAAAGCCAGCCUAUUGUGUUCCUGAGGAGACAGGUGGACGAGCUUCGAACCGCAGAAACUGCCAUGAGAAAAAGAAAACUGACCGGUUCAGAAGGCGGGGCUACAUGCUACAAUGGCACAAAGACGAGGAGGCCGGUUAUGAAGGAGCGAGGCAAGCAGGAUAUAGCUGGCAUGCUCUCGGAAUUUCUGUAAGGCAUUCUAACAGAUCGACGAGACAACCAUACGCGCAAUUGGCGCAUGUGCAUUUUCAUUCUUUUAUAAGCAUAAAUGUCGUACAAUCUAACGGCAUGAUUGAUCGUCUAUUUUGUUUUCGAGGUAUAUUGUCGAGUAGAUCGACUCCUGUGCAGUAAACAAGUUUGGUUCGUUGUUGGUAUAGAAUGAAUGCGUGCAUCGGGUACCCAAUAGGAGGAAAGUUGACAAACAGUAGAGAUUCACAAUUCUUGCACAGCC